GCGGGAUUUCAUAUAAGCGUCUAUCUUACAUCAGGUGUAUUAAUGCAACACUUGAUGUAAGAUCUGGUUUAUAGCCAGGCCAGGCGACUUUAUCUGUCCCCUCAGUACUAGAGGAAACAGCCUUCACCACAAACAUAACAGUGGUUAUGGCAGGAUAUGAGUUACAAGCCCAUCUAUGCUGUUUAUGCUAUGCAUGGGAACCUGUAGCUACAGAUCACAGAGUACAAAUACAAAGAUGGAUAACCAUGUAGUGGUUUGAUGAAUUAGGUGACUGGGUAUUUUGUGGGAUAAUUAUUAUUAUCUUUGCAACAGUGUUCAGGUGAGAGCCAUCACCUGCUACUUGUGUGAGAGUGAUGUGCAAGUGUGUGAUUCAAAGUAAUGAAUUAAGUUGUCUCCUCUGAAGCAGCAAUGUAUCCUACAGUAAGUUGUAAAUUAUAUGCUUUAUCACUAAGAUCUUUAAUGAGGAAAAUGUGGCAUAUCCAGAUUGCUUGAAAAUAUUUUGUGUUGCCGGGGAGAUGAGAAGUAAAAAUAUAUAUAUAUAUAUAAAAAGGAAAAUUCCCUCAAGUAAAUAAACAAUUGUGGUAAUGGAAGAUGAAAUGGUCAUCAUUGUGCUGUUGCAGAGGAUUCCUGCUCUGUUCCUGAGUAUAAAUAAGUUGCAUGAAUGAUGUUGAGUUCCAAACAAAGCCAGUGAGGAUUGCGAGUAAAUGCUAGACGAUGCAUAACUUAGUUUUUGCCUGCCCAUUGUUCAAAGGUUAGACUAUGAUCUCUCAUCAUCCAAAGUAUCUUAGUCAGUAUCUAUAGUGCCAACUACAAUACACAUAACUAAAUAUGAAAUUCAUGUCUGGUACACUGACUAUAAAAACCAGGACAAUGUACUGUUUGCUACUCUCAAAUGAGCACUUAUUAAUGGGAAAGUCCCAGACGUAUGUCCACUAUCAUCAUUACUGAUCCAGAGUGUCUAAAGAGGGAUAAAAAGCCGUUAUUAAGUCUUAUGAAGCAUUUGAAAGGUUAAACCAUUUAUAAAGGUUAUAAAGCCCUCUCUGACUUUCAAUUUACACUAAGGAGCAUAGGCCUGACAGCAUAGGCCCCAGCCCCAGCCUCUGUUUGCUGCUGCAGAGGGAGAGGAGCGCUUUGCUGUCUCCCAGCAGAUUGUCUAAUCAGUGACUGGCAUAGCAGCACCACAGCUCAGCUGAUAGGAGGGAUCCAGCCCAACGGAACUCUGUGUGCCUGGCCGUCGCAUGUCCCAAACAGUUCAACACAGAACAUCACCCAAACAGUACAUGUAGCCAUCUCUAGUGGGUCUACCUUUAUGGGUUCCCUGCAACCACAGCCAGUCCUGAAUGUGUGCAGCAGCCAACUAUGUCCUCCCACUGAGGAGACACAGUGAGGGCUUGGCGAAUCUGGGCAGGCUGUGUGGGGGGGUGUCGAUGCCCGCCCAUGCCCCUGAAGCCCGGUCACGUGGAGCCCCCCACGACCCAGAGAUGGACCUGGCCUGGCGGGAACUGAUGGCCAUCACAGAGCUUCAGGAGUUUGAGGUCCCCCAUGAAGGCCCAUAUGAAACUAUUCUGUACCAUCCCACAGAACCGCCUCUCUCUCUGGGAGGUUAUAGCAUGGCUCAGUCUCACUCUCAUACAGAGCCUCUCCCCUGUGGUGGUGAGACAAACCCUGAUAUUGCUUAUGAGGGAACCUACUCUGAAGUAAUGCCAGCCUGCCAACAUCAGGCCACCAGUGAAUUAACUGAGACACUGUACAGACAUCCUGGAACUCAUUCUGGAACCCAGCUGAAUCCCAGAGUUCUGAACCCUCUGCUGCCACCGCUGAUGAGUUUUCUAGAACAUAUGAGUCUGACAAGUGUCGCUGGUGAGGGGCCUGUUGGAAAAGACAAUGCUGGCCUCUCUCAGGGUCCGAGUCGGCACAUGCUAGGGACUGAUCAUGGGCAGAGCAAACAUCCACCACGCACUGUAGACGAUCUGGAGUCGGACUCUGGCCUAUCUCUGGGAUCUAGCCCAUCGCUGGCCUCACCAGAUGAUGUCAUGACCGGCGUACCUGCUUGUUCAAGCACAGAGGUUGGUCUGAACUAUAAUCACAGGGGGACGGAGAGUAUGGGUGAGCAAGGUAGGAGAGCUAGCCUCCUUUACUCCAUGGACUAUCAGCAGCAUCCUACCCAGCCCUACUCGGGGCCGCACCCCUCUUACUUCCCUGUAACACAACCAUCCCAAAUGCAACCACAGCCUCACUUCCUGCUUCCCAUGUCAAUUAAACAUCAACAGGGUUUACCGAGUGCAUUGAAUGACUUGAACCUUAACAGCUCUGCCAGCAGAGGGAGCUCUUCUCAGGCGUUCUAUGUAAAACCCAAAGGCAACCCUCCUCCUGUUCCUCUGAGCCGGGAUGAACGCAAAGCUCACGCCCUCAAGAUCCCUUUCCCUAUGGAGAAGAUCAUCAACCUACCCGUGGAUGACUUCAAUGAGCUCCUGACCAAGUACACACUCACGGACGCCCAGCUCGCCCUCGUCAGGGACAUCCGCCGGCGGGGGAAGAACAAGGUGGCGGCUCAGAACUGCAGGAAGAGGAAGCUGGAGAAUAUAGUUUACCUGGAGGGAGAGCUGGGUCAGCUGCAGGCCCAGAGGGAUCACCUGGCCAGAGAGAGGAUGGAGUUCCAACACAACUUGGCUAUUGUUAAAAACCGCCUCACAGACUUGUAUGCUGAAGUGUUCUCUCAGCUCCGGGAUGAGGAUGGACAUCCCUACUCCAUAGAUGACUACUCUCUACAGCAGACCCCUGAUGGGAACGUAUACUUGGUGCCACGUAGUGAUGUGUUGGAUGGAGAAUAAUGUAAAGAUUAAAUCUAUUGGACACUG